GAAAAUGGGUCCUUUUUAAUGAUAGGUUGAUUAUGAUUUCUGACUGACUGGUGAUUAAUUUGUUUAUGGCUUGUGUAACCAUACGUGUAUGAAUAUAAUCUUGAUAUUAUAAAAUUAUUUUUAUUUUUAUUUAGAAUACUGAUCAGAAAGUUAUAAGUAAAUUCAUUUUGACCAGGAAAAUAUUUAUCAGAAAAUUCUCUCAUUCAGACAAAUCAGAAAAACGUAAGAGUUGCUUAAAACCAUAAACCUCAACCUCAAAGUCUUCAGGAGACAAAUCAAGUUUCCGACAGCAAAUCAGAAAGGAUAAGUUUGGUUUUCUCUAGAUUUGAAUCUUUUCGCAAAGAUUUUGUUUCUUUUGGAUGAAGAUUCAGUGCAACGUCUGUGAGGCGGCAGAAGCGGCGGUGCUCUGUUGCGCCGACGAAGCUGCGUUGUGUUGGGGUUGCGACGAGAAAAUCCACGCCGCUAAUAAACUCGCUGAGAAACACCAGAGAGUCCCUCUCUCUGUCUCUUCCUCUUCCAUACCCAAAUGCGACAUUUGUCAGGAAGCUUCUGGAUUCUUCUUUUGUCUGCAAGACAGAGCUAUACUAUGCCGGAAAUGCGAUGUGGCAAUCCACACUGUGAACCCUCAUGUUUCAGCUCACCAGAGGUUUCUUCUGACCGGGAUCAGAGUUGGUCUUGAAGCUAUAGACACGGGUCCUUCUGUAAAAUCAUCAUCACCACCAGCAUCCAAUGAUGAUAAAGCCAUGGAGACCAAACAGUUUACACUACCUACAUCUGAGCCUCAGAAGAUGGACUUUGAUCAUCAUCAUCAUCAGAAGAAGAUGGUUUUACCGGAAACUAAAGUCAGUGAUCACAUUUCUACAAAGCUUCCUUUUGCAAGCAGCGGAUCAGCUACUGGUCAGUGGCAAUUAGAGGAGAUUUUCGGGUUAACCGACUUUGAUCAGAGCUAUGAAUACAUGGAGAACAACGGUUCAUCUAAGGCGGAUACUAGUAGGCUAGGAGAUUCAGACAGUUCUUCCAUGAUGAGAUCUGGAGAAGAAGAUGGGGAAGAUAACAAUAACUGCUUGGGAGGUGAGACAUCAUGCGCUGUUCCACAGAUUCAUUCUCCACCAACAGCUUCAGGUCUAAACUGGCCUAAGCAUUUUGACCACAACUCAGUGUUUGUUCCGGAUAUAUCUUCUUCAACUCCUUGUACCGGUUCAUCCCCUAACCAAAGGGUUGGGAAGCGGCGACGGAGACGGUUCUAACAACUGCAACAACCAUCGGCUGGUCUGAUAAUAGAUGUGAACUAUCAUUAAAAUGAUACUGUAGUUGUUGGUCUGUGACUGAGAAAGUUUAUUGUUUCCUUGUUAGAUGCAAGAUAUUACAUUUGGAGAUUACAAUAAUAUAUACAUGACAUCAAA